AUGGCGUCCGGGGAGCCGACCCCUCGGCGCGAAAGUCUCCGGGAUUCCGGGCAACCCGGCCUCCAGACAGCCCCGCGUAGAACCACGUUGGACGGUUUCGAUCGUCGCUUUGUGAAAGAGCAUCGGCCCGGCGUGCCCCCGAUCGAGUGGGGGUGUGGUGUCGUCCUGUCGAGGCAGCUGGACCAUGCGGUUUCGAAGAACACACCGGCCGCGAAGCCUCUUCCUCUCGUCCCGAUCAUCGAAUGGACAGCGUCCGAGGACGAGAUGACCGCGGGCCGGCUUCGCACUUGGCGCCUUGUCGGGCGAAAACACCGCGGGCCCGUCGUCGCCAGACCGCCUCCGCGUGACCCAAGCCCCAACGAGCUGGUGGCUGCGUCGUCGCCACGCCGGACGCCGACACCCAGCACGGUUGCAUGCUGA